AUUAAGCUAUUACACAAUACUCUGUAUUAGUCAAUGAUUUGUUAUGUAUGGACUGCAGUCCUGUCCCGUCCCGUUCCGUCCCGUAUAUCAUAAUUUGCGGACAAUUUCUAACUUGAAUUAACUCUUAAAGUAAUGUUUAGUCAAUGAAUGCAUACAUUAGUGAUAAUAACAAACAUAGUGUUGACUGACGUAUCACUUGAUAUCAUGUGUUAUAUUAUGUAUUGUUUUCAUAUCGAAAGUCACAUAACAUUGAAAUUCCAUUGAAUUUUCAAAACAAGUGUAAAGUUUUGCAAUCAUUUAAAUGAUUAAUAAAGUGAUAAACAAUUAAUUUAACGAUUGAUUUGAUCGACAAUUGAAUUGUAUUCAAAAAAUGCAUUCAAUUUUGAGAAAUGUUUUGCCGAAAGUCAACAAAAAUAAAAUGUUUUUUCCCGCAAUAACUUUGCGAUAUAUGGAGACAUCCGUCCAAACGGUAAUCAAACGGUCGACCACUUCAUUGGUUUCAUUGACGGAGACAGUAAUGGCCAAAGCAUAUGAGUCCCGAAAUCCCGAUUCUGAACUUCAAAGACUGUGUGAUUCGUAUUACACAUCAAAUCAUGAAACGAAAGACCGGUUUCUGUGUUUUAUUGCCGACGAGUUGGCCGUAAACUCUACUCAGGCUUCGGGAGUUAUGAAUAACUUUCUAUCAAAUAAAACAAAUGUCGACUCAGAAGACUAUGUGAUGGCUGUCGACAAACUUCGGCAACAAUUGCGACCAAAGUAUUACGUGUUAUUUAGUCAGAUAUCGCGUCUGGAAAAUGGCGUUAAAUUUAUAACUGAUAUGCGAUCAGAUCUUAGGUCAACAAUGAACGGCAAUUUUGACAGAUUAACUAAAGUUAAGUUACGGUCAUUAAGUAAUCACAUGAAAGAUCUGUUGUCCCUUUGGUUUUCAGUUGGUUUUCUUAAUUUAGAGAGAAUUACGUGGAAUUCUCCGACUUCUAUGUUGCAAAAAAUCUCAGAGUAUGAAGCGGUUCAUCCUAUGAGAAGCUGGGCUGACCUAAAGCGUCGACUCGGUCUCUAUCGGCGAUGUUAUGUAUUUAGUCACAGUUGCCUUCCCUGUGAACCACUUGUCAUACUUCACGUGGCUUUAAUGCCUAACAUAUCGAGCUCUAUACGUGAAAUCAUUCAAAAGACUAAUCCUUCAACUAAUCUGAUGAAUGAAAGCUUUACAUCUCUACCUAAAGACACAUUUGCUGCCAAAGAGGACUCGGAUGGCAUCGACGCCGCAAUAUUUUACUCAAUUACUUCCAGUCAAAGAGGAUUACAUGGUAUUGAAUUAGGCAAUCAACUGAUCAAACGUGUUGUAAAAGAGUUGCGAUCAGAGUUUCCGCUAAUAUCCCAGUUCUCGACACUAUCACCGGUGCCUAACUUUACUGAAUAUCUUCUAUCGGAGAUGCAGUCCAUACAAAAUGGAGAUUUAAUUAAACAACGAAACUUUGUAACCGAUGAAGAACUGGAUCGACUGAAACAACACUUUUUUGGUGAUUACUCGACUCAUUCAGACAUUUGGCCAAAUCUAAUGAAAGUCAUUAAAAAUAACGAAUGGAUUGAUAACGAAAAACUUUCGGAUCUAUUAUAUGAACCAUUGAUGAAGAAAUGCGCCCAUUAUUUAGUAAAUGAAAAAAGAAGAGGUUAUGCAUUGAAUUCAGUCGCACAUUUUCAUUUACGAAACGGUGCAGUCAUGUGGCGAUUGAAUUGGUUGGCAGACCUGAGUCCCAAAGGUUUGUCUAAUUCGUGUGGAAUUAUGGUUAACUACAGGUAUUUUCUUGAAAGUGUUGACAACAAUAGCUAUUUAUAUACUGAGAACCGACAGAUCAAUGCCGACCAACAGGUACUCAAAUGGUUGUCAAAAUCAAAUACCAAUUCAAAACUUUGAAUUAUUUUAGCAAUUUAUUGUUAUUUAUAUUAUUUUGAGUGAUAUUUAUAUUGUUAUUAAUAUAU